AUGCGACUGCGGAAGACUGCAGUCCGCGCGCUCUACAACUGCAUGCGCCUCCACCCCUCUUGCCCUUCGCGCGUCCGCAUUGCUCUCUCCCUCCGUCUCUUCCUCCGCUCUCCCCUCUGCCCCUCCCUCUCCUCCCUGUGGAUGAACGACAGGCUCCAACGUCACAGCGCCCACGCGCCGCUCCACCCGCCGGGUCAGCGCCCCCCCCGCUCACCAGGCAGCGCCGCGCGCUCUGCUGGCCGCGUGGACAGCACCGGCGAGCAUGCUGCACGCGGAGCAGCUACGUUGAGGGAGAGCCAACGGACGGUGUGCAGCGUUUCUUCAAGUGGAUGCUGCUGCUGCAGAGGUAGAGUCCCCAGCCGUCCCAUGCGCUUUGCCGUGUUUGGGCUGGGCAAUCAGCAGUACGAGCACUUCAACCUGAUGGGCAACAUGCUUGACACGCGCCUCGCUGCUCUAGCUGGUGGGCUACGUCUCAUCGGCACUGAUUGGCAAAAGUUCUUGGGUUUCGGCAACCAGGUGCAGGGCAGGGAUGGAGGAAGGACAUGGUCCGCCUUAUCAUUGUCACUCGCGUCCCACAUCCCUCCCCUCAUGUCACCCCCUUCCCCUCCACCAUCCCACAUCCCUCCCCUCAUGUCACCCCCUUCCCCUCCACCAUCCCACAUCCCUCCCCUCAUGUCACCCCCUUCCCCUCCACCAUCCCACAUCCCUCCCCUCAUGUCACCCCCUUCCCCUCCACCAUCCCACAUCCCUCCCCUCAUGUCACCCCCUUCCCCUCCACCAUCCCACAUCCCUCCCCUCAUGUCACCCCCUUCCCCUCCACCAUCCCACAUCCCUCCCCUCAUGUCACCCCCUUCCCCUCCACCAUCCCACAUCCCUCCCCUCAUGUCACCCCCUUCCCCUCCACCAUCCCACAUCCCUCCCCUCAUGUCACCCCCUUCCCCUCCACCAUCCCACAUCCCUCCCCUCAUGUCACCCCCUUCCCCUCCACCAUCCCACAUCCCUCCCCUCAUGUCACCCCCUUCCCCUCCACCAUCCCACAUCCCUCCCCUCAUGUCACCCCCUUCCCCUCCACCAUCCCACAUCCCUCCCCUCAUGUCACCCCCUUCCCCUCCACCAUCCCACAUCCCUCCCCUCAUGUCACCCCCUUCCCCUCCACCAUCCCACAUCCCUCCCCUCAUGUCACCCCCUUCCCCUCCACCAUCCCACAUCCCUCCCCUCAUGUCACCCCCUUCCCCUCCACCAUCCCACAUCCCUCCCCUCAUGUCACCCCCUUCCCCUCCACCAUCCCACAUCCCUCCCCUCAUGUCACCCCCUUCCCCUCCACCAUCCCACAUCCCUCCCCUCAUGUCACCCCCUUCCCCUCCACCAUCCCACAUCCCUCCCCUCAUGUCACCCCCUUCCCCUCCACCAUCCCACAUCCCUCCCCUCAUGUCACCCCCUUCCCCUCCACCAUCCCACAUCCCUCCCCUCAUGCCACCACCCCAUUCUUCCACUUUAUUCUCCUAA